GAGAGGAAGAGGUGCGGAAAAAAUGAUAUAAGCAUAAUAAGAACCAGCAGAACUUCAAAAAAAAAAAAGACUUGAAAUCUACGUAGCACUGCCAAGCCAAAGAGAAACUAAUUGUUUUUAUCUCAUCCAUGGAGCAUUGAUCACUAAUUGUUGCCUUUGACCAAGAAAAUGAACAUCUAGAGAAUAUUUUUGCUUUUUACAAAUUGGUGGUUAAAAGAAAGGGAAGCACUACGCAGUAAAAGCUGCACAAAGGAAGAGCAAUUAGAGGCUGAAUAUUUGUUGUUAAAAGGAGGGCUGUUACAGAGACACGUGAAUCCCGCAGACGCAGAAGAGUUGAUCCGAAAGCAGAGAAUUUUCCAAUCGUCUCCGGCGAAGUUCGAAUCCAAGUCUGAUUGCCGGCCCGUCCGGGGAGUUAAACUUGUGGCGGUCUCAGUUCAAAUCUUCAUCGCCGGAUUCUGAAUACCAACGUCUGUAGAGAUGGUGUUGGCGCAGUUAGGGGGGAGCAUUUCGCGUGCUCUCCAGCAGAUGAGCAAUGCGACGAUAAUCGACGAGAAGGUUCUCAACAAUUGCCUCAAUGAGAUCACCCGCGCUCUUCUCCAAUCAGAUGUUCGAUUCGAGCUUGUCCGCGAUAUGCAGACUAACAUCAAGCGGCUCGUCAACCUUGACGACCUUGCUGCCGGACAUAACAAGCGUAAGAUCAUCCAAGAGGCUGUACUUAAAGAGCUUUGCAAGAUUUUGGAUCCGGGAAAACCCUCAUUCACUCCAAAGAAAGGGAAGACUAGUGUUGUGAUGUUUGUAGGUUUGCAAGGUUCUGGGAAAACGACGACUUGUACAAAAUAUGCCUACUACCACCAGAGAAAUGGCUGGAAACCAGCUCUAGUUUGUGCAGAUACAUUCAGAGCUGGUGCUUUUGAUCAACUGAAGCAAAACGCAACAAAAGCUAAAAUACCUUUCUACGGGAGUUACACAGAGUCCGACCCUGUAAAAAUAGCAGUGGAAGGUGUUGAAAGGUUCAAGAAGGAAAAUUGUGAUCUCAUAAUUGUUGACACCAGUGGGCGCCACAAGCAAGAAGCUUCCCUCUUUGAAGAGAUGCGUCAAGUCUCUGAAGCAACAAAACCAGAUCUUGUGAUAUUUGUUAUGGAUAGCAGUAUUGGUCAAGCUGCUUUUGGUCAGGCGCAAGCCUUCAAACAAAGUGUUGCUGUUGGUGCUGUAAUAAUUACUAAAAUGGACGGGCAUGCAAAGGGAGGUGGUGCUCUUAGCGCAGUUGCGGCAACAAAAAGUCCUGUCAUUUUUAUUGGUACCGGAGAGCACAUGGAUGAAUUUGAAGUUUUUGAUGUUCAGCCGUUUGUAAGCCGACUUUUGGGGAUGGGUGAUUUGUCUGGAUUUGUGGACAAAAUUCAGAAGGCUGUUCCUAUGGACCAACAACCUGAACUCCUUCAGAAGCUCUCUGAGGGACAUUUUACCUUGAGGAUUAUGUAUGAACAAUUCCAAAAUAUAAUGAAAAUGGGUCCUAUAGGCCAGGUGUUAUCUAUGCUCCCAGGAUUUAGUCAAGAGUUAAUGCCUAAAGGGCGUGAAAAGGAAAGCCAGGCAAAAGUCAAGCGUUUUAUGACAAUGAUGGAUUCAAUGACCAAUGAAGAAUUGGACAGUACGAACCCAAAGAUUAUGACGGAAUCACGAAUAAUGCGGAUAGCAAGGGGGUCAGGGCGCAUGCCGCACGAAGUGUUGGAAAUGAUGGAAGAGUACAAGAGACUGGCAAAGAUAUGGAGUAAGAUGAAGGGACUUAAGAUUCCAAAGAAGGGAGACAUGAGUGCCUUGUCCCGAAACAUGAACGCCCAGCACCUCAGCAAAGUUCUCCCACCAGAGAUGAUGAAUCAGAUCGGUGGCAUGGGCGGCUUGCAAAACCUCAUGAAACAAAUGGGUUCUGCCAAGGAUAUGAUGGGAGGUAUGUUUGGUGGUAAGUAAAACGCACAAUAAUUAAAUGUAAUGUAAUACUCCGUAUCAUAGUAGCCGAUGAAUCGUGUUUAGUUUUUUAUUCCAGUCUGGACUAUUAACCAUAUUGGAGUGGUGCACUCUGCUUUUCGCGAUUAUCUUGAUUUUUUUGAGUAUCAUUUCAUCAACUGCACCUACUACGCCCUUGUUUGGCAAGUGUGAUAUUUGCGUGGACCAUGCUAUAUAGCCACACUAACUUUGACACCAAAGUUUGACAUCAUGUGUCACAUGCAAUUAUUCUUUGUAUACGUCUGUAAUACGCAUGGUGUCAAAAAACGGUGCCACUAGAUUUUUUCGAUUUGUUGUUUUGAUGCAAUUCGAGCCCGAUUUGGUUUGUGAGUUUGAAAUGUAGUGUUGGGCUAACUAUUGUGGCGUGUUGCGAACAAGCCCAACAGACAUAAAGGCUCUGUUCGUUU